GGCAAGAGGAGGGUGCCCGAAGGGCAAUCGCGUGAAGAUUCAACUAGCUACGACAUGAUAUAUAUACUACGAAAACUCGGAUAUAAUAAGAUAAUGUACGACACGUCAUGAUGCGAGCGAUAACGAACACAGAAUUCCAACACACCCCCUUGUUCGAUACAAGCGAGCAAAUGUAACGUAACAAAAUCGGGCGACGACGCGAAGUAAAAAAUGAGCAGACGACGACGAAGGUAACACGAUGCAAGGCAAAACAAACGAGCAACGAUGACGAGGGGGUAAAACAGCACAAAACGAGCGAAAACCGACGAAAUGAAACAUACAAUGCACCCCCUCAAACUCGAGAGGGUUCCCAAUCCUACGAAAUCCAACAACAAACGACUUGAAGACCCAAUCUCCGCUUUUGAGGGCGCAGGGUGCGAAUGAGAGGCGAAUGGCGAGGGAGGAGACGACAGCGGCACAAUGGCACGCGGCGGCGGGGAAACAACGACGGGCGACGGCAACUUCACGGGGCGGCGACGGCUAGUUUUCGGCGACUAGGGGCGCGGUUCGACGACGGCGGCGGCGGCGGCGGGUUCAACGGCGGGCGGUUUUCGGCGACCGGGGGCGCAGGCAUCGGCGGCGGGGCUAUGACGGCGUGCGGGGACAGCAGCGAUGUCGGCGGGUUCUACGACGGCACGCGAGAGCGGCGGCAGCGUCGGCGAGUGGCAGCGCGGCGGCAGGGGCAAGCGGCGGCGUGCGAGGAGCAGCGGCGGCAGGCGCGGCACACAGCGGGAAGUGGCCUCAACGGAGGACUUACGCAAAGGUCCAGCGGCGACGGCGGCGCACGAGAGACGGUGCGGCGGCCGGGCGUGCGCUCUUGCAAGCAGCAAGGGGGAAGCGGCGAACGACGAGGGGAGGUGAUGGCGGCGCAAUAAGGCGAUCCGGCGCGCGAUAAGGCCUCGACGGCGUGGGACUGUGGCGGCGCGAGUCCCGGCGACUUCAGCGGUGGUGAAGGGUGGCUAACCCUGACGCGAUUGUGUAGAAAAUCGAGGUCGCACGGGCUCGCGACGACGCACAGCGCGUUUGUCCCGGGCAAGAGGAGGGUGCCCG